UCCUCGAAUCGAUUUAAAAGGAAGAAGGAGGAAACAAAAUGUAGUGAGAGAUGGAUUUCUUCUGGAUCUGCAUUCUUCUACUUCCCUUAGCAUGGCUCUUCAUGAUUUCGAAAACAAUGACCAAAACCAUCCCCAAGCUUCCCCCCGGCCCAAAGCCUUUGCCGCUCAUCGGCAAUCUUCUAGCUCUCGGCAACCCUCCCCACAAAUCUCUAUCCAAUCUCGCCAAAUCCUACGGCCCAAUCAUGACCUUAAAACUCGGCCAAAUCACCACCGUCGUCAUCUCCUCCUCCGCCAUGGCCAAACAAGUCCUCCAAACCCACGACCAGUUUUUGUCCUGCAGAACCGUCCCUGACUCCAUGACCACUCACAACCACGAGCUUUUCGGCCUCCCAUGGAUUCCCAUUUCACCUCUCUGGCGAAACCUCCGACGAAUUUGCAACACCCAGUUGUUCGCCGCCCGGAUUCUCGACGCCAACGAGAGUCUCCGCCGAGCCAGAGCGGCGGAGCUGGUGAAGGAGAUUUCGAGAUGUGCGAUGAAAGGUGAAGCAGUGGAUUUUGGGGAAGUGGGAUUUGUGACUUCGUUGAGUUUGCUUUCGAAUACGAUUUUUUCGGUGGAUUUUGUGGACCCAAAUUCGAAAAUUGGGAGAGAGUUUAAAGUUGCUGUAAGAGGGAUUAUGGAAGAAGCUGCGAGGCCGAAUUUUGGAGAUUAUUUUCCUUUGCUGAAGAAAUUUGAUUUUCAAGGGAUAAAGAAGAGACAGUGUGUUUAUUUUGAUAAGAUUUUUUAUGUGUUGGAGCAGAUGAUUGAGGAACGACUUGAUCAGCAGAAGAAAAGUUGUGGUUCUAAUAAUCAUAGCCAUGAUUUUUUGCAUUAUCUUCUCGACCUUGACAAUGCAAACAGCGAUAUCAAAAUGGGGAAAACUGAGUUCAAACACUUAUUAUUGGUAUUAUUUGUUGCUGGGAUAGAUACAAGUUCUGCAGCACUGCAAUGGGCAAUGGCAGAACUACUUAAAAACCCACAAAAGCUAUCAAAAGCUCAAGAAGAAAUCCGAAGAGUAAUUGGAAAAGGGAACCCAAUUGAAGAAUCAGACAUUUCAAAGCUACGUUAUUUACAAGCAAUAAUUAAAGAAACUUUCAGAUACCAUCCCCCUGCCCCUUUUCUACUGCCUCGUAAAGCCAUACAAGACGUUGAAAUUUCAGGCUUCACAAUCCCAAAGGGCGCUCAACUGCUCGUAAAUUUAUGGGCUAUGGGUAGAGAUUCGAACGUAUGGAAGAACCCAGAAAUGUUCGAGCCAGAGAGGUUCUUAGAGAUGGAAAUUGAUGUUAAAGGCAGAGAUUUUGAGCUGAUUCCGUUCGGCGCCGGACGGAGGAUUUGCCCUGGAUUGCCAUUGGCAAUGAGAAUGCUGCCUUUGAUGUUGGGUUCGGUUAUUCAUUUCUUUGAUUGGAAGCUUGAAGAUGGUCUUCAACCUGAAGAUGUGAAUAUGGAUGAAAAGCUUGGACUCACUGUUGAAAUGGCUACUCCUUUGAGAGCCUUCCCGCUUCUUGUUUAAUUAUAGAUUUUCAUACAAAAACUGCUUUCACCUACCAAGCCAAGUGUUUCUAUUUCAUGGAUGUCGACGUGAAUGUCAAUGGUCUUUUUAUGGAGAUGGUGAUUUCUAGAAAUAUUAUAAAUAAAAAAAAAAUUCUAGAGAAA